AUGAAUGAAAAUAAUGGAAAAGAGAUAAGAACUCAAGAGGCCUCCACAUCCGCCAAUAAUCAACCCAAUAAUAAUAGUAAUAAUAAUAAUUAUUAUGGAAAUAGUGAAGGACUCGAUCCGAAUGUUUUAGCCUUUAUGAAAAAUCCAAUGCUCACCAUUCAAAACCAAAGUAUAUCUGAAUUCCAUUCAAUCCCUUCACUCCCAAUAAUAAUAGGAAGAGAAGGAAUAGGAAUAGGAAUAAGAGAAGAAAGUAUAAAAAGAAGAGAUGAUGAGAGUCUCUUGCGAGAUGUUGAGCAAUUACGUCAACUUGUGAGGACGACAGAGGCGGAAGUGGAUCUCUUAUAUCAUUCAAUAGAAGAACUGGAGGCGCAAGUCCAUCAGAAGAAAAAAGAUACACUCAUUCAAAUUUAUAAAGAUCUCUCCAUACCACCACCAUCAUCAUCAUCAACUAUCGAUACUAAUAAUAAUAAUAAUAAUAAUAAUAAUAAUAAUAAUAAUAAUAAUAAUAAUAUGGAAGUAGAUCCGUUACUUUCAUCCUUGAUGAAUCAAUUAUUAGAGAAAGUACGGGUAUUAGAGGAGAAGACAUCACUUUGCCGAUUAGAAAAUAACGCGAAUGAAGAGGCAUUACGUUUACUCUACGCUGCUAUCUUAACAGAGGAAGAGAAACAACAAACACAGAAACAAUCCAUAAAAGCAAAUGAAUCCAUGUGUAAUUUACUGCGACUUAAAUUACAAGAAGCGCAUAGACGUUUGUGGGAAUAUAAACAACGAGUGGCUUUUGUUUCUACAGCAGAGAGAACAUAUGUGGAGCAAAUGGAAAAGAUUCAACAAAUGCGUUUAGAGCUGCAGGCAUGUGGAUUACAUCUUCCCGUACUCGAAUCUACUACUACUACUACUAAUAAUAAUAAUAAUAAUAAUAAUAAUAAUAAUAAUAAUAAUAAUAAUAAUAAUAAUAAUAAUAAUAAUAAUAAGAAUAAUGUUAUUCCUACGGCUAAUCGCUUUCGUUGGGAGCGUCGAUGUGCCCGACGAUUACGCCGUGAGGAAUCACAACAAUAUAUUCCUCAUGAACACUCUAUCCCAACAAUAAUCCCAACAAUAACAACAACAAGAAGAAGAAUAAUAAUAAAUGGAGAUAACUCUAUAGACGAUGAUGUUCAUAUGUAUGAAAUAGAUAGUGAAUCCACAGAGGAUCCACAUAUAAUAGUGAGACGAGUAUUACUUUUUCCUCCUGGUGUAUUAAGUGCCCUUCACCGUAAACCACAGAGUUCAUUAUCACUACGUCAACGGGCGAAGGAAUUAGGAUUGGUUUUACAAUAUCAACAACACACAGAAGGGAAUGUAUGGUUGUCUCAUUCAAAAAGAAAAGAAACAGAAGAAAGUCCAUGGAGUUUGUAUGAUAAUGGCAAUAAUAAUAAUAAUAAUAAUAAUAAUAAUAAUAAUAAUAAUAAUAAUAAUAAUGAUAAUGAUAAUAAUAAUAAUAAAGGAACUGUAAAGGCAGGAGUAAUGGUAUCUAUUGAAGGACAACGACGGUUUGCAGAUCAGUUUCAGCGGGAAAUAGAAGCCGCAGUGUCGGUAUUAAAAUCAUCCAAUACAUUAGAUGAUUAUUCCACUCAUAUUCAUACACUCUCUAUUAAGCAAUUAUCAGAAGAAGUGAAAGAAGUGAAUUUUGUAAAUAAUUCUACAAACACGCAUAAUAGAGAUUCUCUUUUAUUAAAGAAAUCACAUCAUUGCUGUUCUCUACAUCCAUUAUCUCCAUGGAAUGCGACCGUACGAAACGCAACAGUUUCACAGUCCCAUACUUCCUCCUCGCCAGCUCCACUGUUGAGAAGAGAUAAUAAUAAUAUUAAUAAUAAUAAUAAUAAUAAUAAUAAUAAUAAUGAUUAUAAUAAUAAUAAUCAUAAUAAUAGUAGUAUCUAUGCUGUUGAGAUGCCUUCUCCAUUGAAUGGACGAGCACUCUCCUCCAGUGUGUGGGGCGAUUCAUUCCUACAACAAUUGAGUGCUGCGAUUCCAAAGAGUUUAUCGGAUCGCAACAGACAGAGUGGAUUGGGAGUUCUUGAGAAGAAAGAUCAUGACAUCUUAGAAGCUCUACGAGCAGAGCUUCGUGCUGUAAUAACACUCUAG